AGGAAGCAAUAAGUAAACCGAAACUAGUGUCAGAUCCAGUCCUGAGAAUUUUCAUUAUUUUCCAACGAAAUUCUUAUCUUUUACAAACAGUUUUAAAUAAACGAAUUAUUGUUUGAUUAAUUAUUUUAUGAUCUUAUCAUUUUACAUUUUUAAAUUAUUUCCAAUUUAGAAAAAUAAUAAACGAAAAAAUAAAGAAAAUUCGAAUAAAUUUGUUAAGGCGAGACAGAUAGAGCUACUACAAACGCAAAGCAAAGAAAAGAAUAAAACAGAACGAAAACGAAUCUGACUUGUUCUCUUUCUUUCCUCCACUUAACAAUUUCUCGCUUUAUUUGGCUCCUCAAAGUGUUCCGAGUGGGUUGUCGUUCGUCGUUCGUCGUUGUGUAGCAAAUAGAAAAAGAAGAAAUUUUAUUUUUAAUAAAAUUAAAAAUUGCUCGCAAACGCAAAGCAAAAUCUAAAAUAAUGUCCGAACCAAUUAUUUACAAACCCAAAGAUUUAAUAUGGGCCAAAAUGAAGGGAUUCACACCCUGGCCAUCAAUGAUCGUUGAACCCCCAGAAGAGAUGCUACAUCAGCCCCGGAGGAAUGUUCCGUGCAAAUGUGUUUUCUUUUUUGGUUCUAGAAAUUACGCAUGGAUUGAAGAGCAUAAUAUCAAACCAUUUGAAGGUCCAUACAAAGAUGAGCUAAUGCGCCCAAACAAGCCAAAUUCCUUUAAAUUAGCUUUGCAAGAAAUUCUAGCUUACAUCGAUAAUCCUGUCGAUAUUGAUGCUGAAAUAAAAGCAGCUUCCGUUGCAUCUGCUCCCAACUACACAAGCGAUGCUGAUUUCGAUAAGAUACGCGAUGGUCUUGAAACAGCCGAUUCCACCAAUGACCUGGGCGAACCACCAAAACCGCCUAAAAAGCAAACAAAAGCUAAAUCUCGUGCAAAGUCCUCCAUAUCGGCAACUAAAUCGGCAGCAGCAGCAGCAAAACGCCGUGGCAGUGCAAGCAAAGCAUCAGAAAGCAAAAGGAAAAGAGUCGAAUCAGAAGCCACAGAGGCCACAUCGUCACGUAGACGAGUAAAUGCGGAUGCUCUAUCGCAUAUUGGCAGUUUUUCGCGUCGUAAUAUGAGCUCAACAGUUGCUCUACUCGAUAGACCUAUCAUAAGUCGGCCAGAGGCACAAGCAAUCGAUAUGAAUGUUCGAUCGGCAACUUUGUCCGAGAGGGAUAUAACUCCAUCGAAUUUGACGUUUGGCUUCCUUGGUUUGGGUAUUAUGGGAUCAACUAUUGUUAAGGAUUUAAUAUGCACAGGACAUAAGGUUGUUGUAUGGAACAGAACUAUGUCAAAGUGCAAACCAUUCGCUGAAGCUGGUGCCGAAGUUAAAGAGACCCCAAUGGACGUUGUUGAUGCGGCGGAUAUUACAUUCUGUUGUGUAUCAGAUCCAAAAGCAUCAAAAGAUUUGGUAUUUGGCAAUUGUGGUGUUUUACAAGGUAAAGACCUUAACAACAAGGCAUACGUAGAAAUGUCCACCAUUGAUCCAGAAACUUCACAAGAUAUCGCUGAAGGUAUUGCACAAUGUGGAGGAAGAUACCUGGAGGUUCAAAUCCAUGGCACAAGGCAAGAAGCUGAAGAUGGUAUGCUAAUAAUUUUAGCUGGUGGUGAUCGUACUGUUUUCGAAGAAUGUCAUUCGUGCUUUAAAACCAUCGCCAAAAAUACGUUCUUCUUGGGGGAUGUUGGAAAUGCUUGUAAAGUUAACCUUAUUCUUCAAACGAUACUUGGUGUUAGUCUUGUCGGAUUUUCGGAAGCUUUAGCCUUGGCUGACCGCUUCUCCAUAUCACUCAAGGAUAUCAUCGAUAUAUUUGAAUUGACGUCUAUGAAAUCGCAACUUUUACUCGAAAAAGGAAAAGAAAUGGCGAAGGGUGACUUUAACCCACAACAGCCUUUAAUGCACAUGCAAAAAGAUUUGCGUUUAGUCUUGGGUAUGGCGGAGAACCUUGAUCAAUCAAUGCCCGUUACAGCUAUAACAAAUGAAGUGUUUAAACAUACAAAACGUCUGGGUUAUAGUGAACAUGAUUCCAGUGCUGUAUUUGUAAGAUCCAGGUUUUAACGUUUAGUUAAUCCUUAUGAUGAUUUAAACAUUUAUUUUUCCCAACACCAACACCAAACACUUACGACAACAACAACAACAGCAUUAGCAAUCCCAAGUCCUCCCCCCAAUCCAAAUGAUUCACCCAAUCAAGAACUUGAAAAACAAAUUGAAAAUCUUAAAUUUGAAAAUUAGGCAUACCACCUAUAAACAUUUAAUAAAAUCAUCAACAACAACAAAAAUUACACUGGCAAAUACACAAAAACACACACCCACAUAUAAAACAAACAAAAUAUAAACAAAUUCAUUUUAGUUAAAUUUUGAUUUAAACAAAAAAAAAACACACUUUUUAACUUUUUUAUUUCGCCUCUUUCUUUUUUUUAUUUACUAAUUUUUAUCCUUCUUACAAUUUCCUUUUUCAUAACAAAACAAAAACAAAAAUUAAACACAAACAAGUUAUCGUCAAAAAAUAAAUAUAAGGACAAACCCCAAGAAUAAAAGCGAGAAGGAUUUUAGACAAAAAUAUGAAGAUAAAGAAGAGACAAAAAUUUAAAUAAAAAAGUGUAUAAAAAUAAUAAAAUAUUUUUGGGGAACAAAAUUUAUGAAAAAAAAAAAAAAACAAAAAACAAAGAAAGAAAAAACCCUCGCUAGAAAUAUUUUACAUUAAAUAAUUAAUUUUUUUCUUUCUCCCUUGAAUCAUUUAUUAUGGAUGCAUUAUAUAAAUAAUUUACUAUAUAUUUAUAGCUUAAAACAAAAAGAAGAGAAAAUUAAUAAUUUUGUAUACUCUGUUACACUUUAUUGGUUUUUUUUUAAUUAAUUAUUAACGAAACGAAAAUUAAUAUACUGCGCAUUAUCAAUAAGAAGGUGUAAUGAACAGCAAAACGUACGUGCAUAUAAUUAAUAGAGAAAGACUAUGUAUCGUUUAAAUGGUUAAUUAUAUAUAUAUAUAUAAUCUGUGUAAAACACUUGCACCUCUUUUAAUAUGUUUAAUAAAUUUACUAUAUUUUUUUUUCAUUAAAAGAAUGUAAAGAA